UUUAUGGCAGGUGGAUCCCAUGUCCCGGUCCCUGUUUUGCUGGGUUGACAAGCCGGAUUUUUGGAUCAAACCGGAUGUCAAGGAUGCAAAUACGAGAAAUCACCAUACAGCUCAUGCGCGCUCCAACUGCAGGUGGGAUGGCCAACAAGAAAUUUUAAGAAUGCCAUCAUGGCCACAAAACUUAUUUUGUAGUUGAUUUGUCCAAAGCUAUACCGACACAAUGGCCUUCCUCCGCACGGUCGCUGGCGUAUUGGCUCUCGUAGCUACAGCCACUACCGCGAUCACGCAAAGAACUGUUGUUCAUGAGAAACGAGAUGCACACCAUGAGACUGAAUGGAUAAAGCGGGACCGAGUACCGCUGGCUCAUUCAUUCGAGAUGCGCAUCGGUCUUACGCAACAAAAUCUACACCACGGAUAUGACCUGCUCAUGGACGUCGCAGAUCCAAAUUCUACGAACUACGGCAAGCAUUGGAGUUCAGAGGACAUUGUAAAGAUGUUUUCACCUUCGAACGAAACCAUUCAAAUGACCAAGGAUUGGGUGACUGCCACCGGGAUAGAGGCCAAGCGAAUCGCCCAUACUGCAAGCGGAGGAUGGCUGGUUUUCAAUGCGACUGUUGAUGAGGCGGAGCGACUUCUGGAAACCAACUUCUGGCUGUACGAAAAUGAAGAAGGCCAGGUGGUGGCUGGAUGCGAUGAGUAUCAUAUUCCAUCAGACCUUUCGGAACAUAUCGAUUUCGUCUACCCCGGUGUAGUGAUGGCUGAAAGCACGAUGUAUUUGAGUUCUAAGCGUCGCACCAAUGGAGGGAGUACAACGAAGUCACAAUCUAUAGUAAAGUCAUACAAGCGUCAGAACUCAACGGACUGCUCACAACUCGUAACGCCUCAGUGUAUUGCUGAUCUCUACGAGAUCCCGCCAGCUGACAAAGCCAACCCGAACAACUCAAUGGGGCUGUAUGAACGAGAAUGCUGGUACCAGGACGAAGAUCUUGACUUGUUCUUCGAGUCAUACGCGCCAAACAUCCCUCAGGGUACGCGGCCCCUAAAUUUAAGCAUCGACCUCGCCGCCUGGCACUACAAUGAAAGCGACAGCAGCAUUAGUAUACCGGGUGAGGCGGACCUGGACAUUGAUGUUGCGUAUCCAAUUGUUUACCCGCAGUCCUUGACGGUAUACCAGGUCGAUGACGAAUACUAUCAUCUAUAUCAAGUCCAAUAUACGGGGCUUUUCAACACUUUUCUUGACGCGAUCGACGGUUCAUACUGUGACUACUCGGCAUAUGACGAAACGGGUGAUAACCCAAAGUAUGAUGCGCAGUACCCCGAUAACCAUACAGUGAUAGCCCCUGGUCGCCCGGAACCCUUCGACCCAGGCACGUAUAAAGGCCCACGCAUGUGUGGCGUCUACAAACCAACCAACGUCAUCUCUAUGUCUUGGGGGGCGGCGGAGAGCAGAUGGACUGCAAGCUACCAAAUGCGUCAAUGCGACGAAUGGAUGAAACUCGGCCUCCAAGGCGUCACGGUCGUUUCGUCUUCGGGGGACAGCGGUCCGCUCGCGACGGCAUCGUGUCAAGCUAGCAACUUGGGCAGCUUCUGGGCUUCCAACCCGGGCACCUGUCCAUACGUGACGUCCGUCGGUGCAACGAUGCUGCGAUCCGACGGUAGCGAAGCUGUUGCCAUGGACGCGUCCUGGGCCUCCUCCGGGGGUUUCUCCAGGUACUUUUCACCGCCGGCAUACCAACAAUCUGUCCUCGCCACGUACUUCGCAGACCAUGACCCUGGCCUCGACGGCUUUUUCAACCGCUCCGGUCGUGGCAUCCCUGAUAUCUCGGCUGUGGGCUAUAAUAUCGCCGUCGCUGUAGCUGGUGAACUCGGCACUGCGGCCGGAACCUCAGCCUCUACUCCUUUGAUCGGCGCUAUGAUCAACAGGAUCAACGAGGAAAGACUCGCGGCUGGUAAGAGUGUGGUUGGCUUCAUCAACCCGGUUCUGUACGCAAACCCAGGCAUCUUCAACGACAUCACAGUGGGCAACAACUCGAUGUGUGGCCUGAAAGGUUUCCAGGCAGUCCAGGGCUGGGACCCCACGACUGGUUUGGGUUCAGUGCAAUACCCCAAGCUGCUGGAGGUCUUCAUGAAUCUUCCGUAGAAGGAUCUUGAGACCCAUUCUAUGGCACUCGAUGCUGAAUUACGUGCCUUUUACUACUACUGUUCCUUCGCAAGGUGUUCAGAAUAUGUCUCCAGUUGAUGUCCUCCGACGCUCCGAAAAUGUACGUAGUGAUAGUGGGUGCGUCUCGGUAAGAUUCAGAGGCCGCCUCCUUCCAAGCAGCACCCGUCUUAUAUACCUUCCAAUAUGU